GACAUGCAGACCCUGAAUCGAAACCCGGCUCCUGCAGGCGCCCGCACAGCCAGAACCAGGGUCUCGGCCACCCAGGGGGCCCCCAGGUGAACCCCACCCCAGGAAGCCAUGACAGAGGCCGGUAAACUGCCCCCACCGCUACCCCCACGACUGGACUGGUUCGUGCACACCCAGAUGGGCCAGCUGGCCCAAGACGGGGUCCCCAAGUGGUUCCAUGGUGCCAUCUCUAGAGAGGAUGCCGAGAACCUGCUGGAGUCACAGCCACUGGGGUCCUUUCUCAUCCGGGUCAGUCACAGCCACGUGGGCUACACGCUCUCUUACAAAGCCCAAAGCUGCUGCCGCCACUUCAUGGUGAAGCUCUUGGACGAUGGGCGUUUCGUGAUGCCCGGGGAGAUGGUGGCCCACGCCUCACUGGACGAUCUGGUCACCUUCCACCAGCAGAAGCCCAUUGAUUCCCACGGGGAGCUGCUGACACAGCCCUGCGGGCAGAGUGACCCGGAAAACGUGGAUUACGAGGAUCUCUUCCUUUACUCUUACACGCUGGCUGAAGAAGCCACCAGCCCUGCCCGUGACCCCAGAGAGCAUCAGAGACCUUCCUCCUGCCCGGUGGCCGCACCUAAGGAGGCCCCCGCAAAGCCCGUCCUGCUGGAUCGGCCAAAGGAAAGCAAGCCGUUGACCGAGAUGGACGGAGGACCCACAGAGGACGCCCCUUCCUCCUGUCCCCCGAAAGCCCCUUUUGGGGACGCCCACCAGAAACUCUGGAGGAACCUCAAGACGCUCCCCCAGAGGGGCAAGAGAGUCCAGCAGCAGCUGAAGUCCCAGCUCACGGCUGUGAGUCUGUCGUCGCUCUGGGACGCCAGAUCGACAGUGACCCACGGCUCCGGGGCCAGGGCAGGCAGCAGACAGCACCCAGGCACUGCAGCCCACGAGGACAAUGUCCGCAGGGACCCCUUUGCGGCCACAUUCCUGAAAAGCCCCUCGCAGCCCCAAGCUCCAAGAGACAGAAAUGUCCCCUCCAGGAAGACCAAGAGGUCGGUCAGCUGGGACAAGGUGACUCCGGAGGAUAGCAGUUGGCACCAGUCAGUAGCGAGGCUUCUGUCCUUCCCGGGGUCCAGGCCGGAGCCGAGGGGCGGGGCAGAGCCCCAGGAGGAAUGGCUCCCCGAGGAGUACCGCCCACCGCCACCCUUUGCCCCUGGGUACUGCUAGAGAAGGGGUUCACCCCGGCUCCGGAACCUUCGCUGUCAGAGGCUGCCACAGUCCUGAUGUCCUCGCGCUGCCACAGCCCCACACCAGUCCUUGGGAGCCCAGGAAAUGUAAUAAAG